AUGCGAUUCUUCACUCCCACCAGUAUUCUUCUGGGACUUGUCCCUUUGCUCUCCUGGACAAGCGCCGUGCCUCUUCUCCCGGGAGCUCAACAUGUGAAACGAAGCGAGCCGAUCGCGCCAAAGGUCGUCAUCGUGAGUAUGUUCGAUCCAGAGGCCGAAGUCUGGUGGGGCAUUGAAGAGUUCAAUCUCCUGGCGCAGAACAUUAGUCUUCCCGGCUUGAGUCCGCUCUUUCCAGAAGUCCACUGCACCACCGAUGGGGACGUAUGCCAGGUCAUCACAGGAGAAUCGGAAAUCAAUGCGGCCAGCACCAUCAGCGCCUUUGUUCUCAGUCCGGUGUUCGACUUGUCCAAGUCUUACUUCUUGGUUGCGGGCAUUGCAGGAGUCAAUCCAAAAGUAGCAACACUCGGUUCAGUCACAUUCGCAAAAUAUGCCGUGCAGGUUGCGCUGCAAUAUGAAUUUGAUUAUCGGGAUCUGCCCUCAAAUCUAACCACCGGUUACAUCCCAUUCGGUGUCGAUUCACCUUCGGAGUAUCCCACGACGAUCUACGGCACGGAAGUGUUCGAAGUCAACGAAGCACUCCGCGACAUUGCCAUAUCCUUCGCGUCGACGGCCGUCCUGAACGACACGACAACAUCCCAAUCCUAUCGAGCUCUGUAUGACGUGUCUCCAAGCUACCAAGCAGGAUCUGAGCCACCCAGCGUGCUCGGCUGCGACGUCGCAACAUCCGACGUCUACUACUCCGGUACCAGGCUAGCAGAAGCAUUCGAGAACACCACGACGCUGUGGACGAACGGCUCCGGCGUAUACUGCACGACAGCGCAAGAAGACAACGCGACGCUCGAGGCGAUCCUGCGCGCCGCCCAGUUCAACCUCACCGACAUCACGCGCGCCAUCGUGAUGCGCACGGCGAGUGAUUUCGACCGGCCCCCGCCGGGCGUCUCCGAGCUGCAGAAUCUUCUGUACAUCAACCAGGGCGGCUUUCCACCCGCGAUCCAGAAUAUCUAUCUCGCCGGCGUCAAGGUCGUCACUGGCAUUCUCGACGGCUGGGAUGCGACGUUUGAGAAGGGCAUCGCGCCCCCGAAUUAUGUCGGUGACAUCUUUGCGACGUUGGGCGGACACCCGGAUUUCGGCCAGCCUGCUGCGUUCAUCACGAAGAGAGCUGUGGCGCCAGCUAAGCGCGACGUUCGCGGUGGGGUCAGUAUGGAUUUGAGAGACAUGCGCCGUGCACCGGAGUGA